UUUCAUUCUGCCAUCGACACCAAUACCGUCCCUCCUGCGAUCCCUUCAAACGCCGACGCUCAGCUCGAAUAACCGCACACUGGAGAGCUUUCAGACAUACGUACCCCGACUGGCCCUCGUUAAUUCCCCAUCUCUCUUUACCAUCUAUCGCUCGCUAUGAUCAAGUUCAUCCUCGUUCAAAACAGACAAGGAAAAACCAGGCUGUCAAAGUGGUAUGCUCCUUACGACGACGACGAAAAGGUUCGCCUGAGAGGAGAGGUUCACCGUCUGAUUGCCCCCCGAGAUCAAAAAUACCAAUCCAACUUUGUCGAGGUGCGUUCUAGUUAUCUGGAGAGUGCGUAUGCUGACCGACGUCUGUCUCUUGUCUGUAUCACUUGCUUUCGGCUUGACUGGAACCUGCCUCUCCACCCACUACCCCUGGGGCUACCACAACAUACACAGUUUCGUGACGACAAGGUCAUCUACCGACGAUACGCUGGUCUUUUCUUCUGCGUCUGUGUCGACUCCAACGACAAUGAGCUUGCCUAUCUUGAAGCAAUUCACCUCUUUGUCGAGGUACUUGAUGCGUUCUUCCAGAACGUCUGUGAACUCGACCUCGUUUUCUCCUUCUACAAAGUAUAUGCAAUCCUAGACGAGGUGUUCCUCGCUGGAGAAAUAGAAGAGACGAGCAAGCAAGUAGUCUUGGAUAGGUUGGACUACCUGGAGAAGCUUGAGUAGAGGAUUCGGCACGGAGAUACGGUAGGAGUUAGGGAUGGUAUGUUAUGGGCUCGUGAGAUGUAGUAUUAGUGUAUGUUAUUAUAUGACCCGUAUGGCCGUCUUUCCUUGGGCUGUGUGUAGGUUCUUCUCGAGGUGGCAAGCAGGCCGAGUGUAAGCUGUGGUUGCAAGGUAUAUACACAAGAAGACAGAGCCCUGCACGAAAGGAGUCCCAAUACACUUCCUAUGUAUUGCACUGCAU